UUGUCUUUCACACAAGAAUUAACCAUGUUUAGAUCCAUGAGUACUAGAAGAGGCCCUGCGCGGUAUGAAAGAUUAGGUAAAGAAUCUGCUACCACUGCGCUUUUGAAUGAGGGGUUCAAGAGGAGCACAAGUUUGCCUUCUCGUGCAUUCAACUCUUCAAGAAAAAUGGGCCUAGGCUCAACCUUUGUGGAGAUUAAUCUACAAAGAAACCCCACGAAGAAGGGUAAUAAUGACAAGAAGAGUCAUCCACUACUCAGCUUCUUAGAUCUUCGUAGGAAAAAGAAAACAACAGCUAGGCCUGAAUUUGCAAGGUAUCUUGAGUAUCUCAAGGAAGGAGGCAUGUGGGAUUUGAAUUCCAAUAAACCUGUGAUCUAUUACAAAUGA